AUGAACAAACUCUCAGCCAAGAUAUCUCCUGCCUCCGGACCCUUACCUGUCACACUCCAUCUGCCCACUCCAUCAGGUAAUAAGGAUCUUCAGACAGGAAAUACCUUAGCCCAAAAUGUAUUUCAGGAUGAACCGGAUACAAAACAACCCUCAAAACGCUGCUGCGCUCGAUGCCCUUUCCGUGCUCUAUGGAGAGUGUCAUGUGGGAUCAUUUUAGGGGCUUGUAUGGCCGUGUCCUGGGCAUGGGGUACUCACAGUGCUAAAGAGACUCUGACAAGACAUCCAACCCCAUUCUUCAUCAUUUGGUUCUGUAGCAUCUGGAAUAUUCUCUUUUUUCCACUCUACUAUCUGUGUCAUCUACUCACAGAGAAACAGAAACAGUCGCCAACCACUGAGUUAAGAAAGUGUAGCCGGUUCCUUGGUGAAGAUUUGACUGUGAGGGUGCUUCUGAGAGUAGCAGCUCCAUUCUCUGUGCUUUGGAGUUUAUCUGGAUACUUGUACUUGCUGGCACUUUCCCGCAUCUCUAAAGUAGAUAUAAGUGCCAUUCUCUGCUGCAGUCAGGCUUUUAUUUUCCUGCUUUCAUGGAUCGGACUCAAGGAUCGCUUCAUGGGUGUCAGAAUAGUGGCUGCCAUCCUCUCCAUCACUGGCAUUGUUAUGAUGGCUUAUGCGGAUGGUUUCCAUAGCGACUCGAUCACAGGAGUGGCAUUGGGAGUUGGCUCAGCUUCAACCUCUGCUUUUUUCAAGGUGCUUUUCAGAAAGUGUGUAGGGAAUGUCCAGCCAGGCCCUGCCAGUGUGUUGCUAUCCUGUGUGGGUCUGUGUAGCUUUGUUCUACACUCCUGGGUGUGUGUAUUGCUUUAUUUCACUCAUGUGGAAUACUGGACUCCUUCUCAACACAUUCCCUGGGAUAAACUCUGUGUCAUGGCUUCUCUACUGCUUGUCUUCAAUGUACUGGUCAAUUUGGGAAGAAUGUUUACAUAUCCCAUUUUAAUUUCAUUGGGAAUUCUCUUGACCAUUCCAGCAAGUGCAGCUGUAGAUACAUUUUUGACUGUAUCUUUGCAAAUCAGCUAUGUGCGAGUGGCAGCAGCCAGCAUCAUUUCAGCAGGAUAUCUCAUGCUUCAGCUCCCAGAGAACUGGGACGAGAGCAGUCUGCGCUGGCUCAGCAAACUGUGGCAUGGAAACUGGAGAGAGGACAGUAUAGUUGGAGAGGAGACUGUGGUGGACCCUGGCGGCACUGCACGAGUAAAACCAAAACCAGCUGUAGUGGCAUUCACCUAAGCCUUUUAUAAUCCAAAUUCAUUUGUAUUGAAUGUUGUUGUUAUAUUAUUAUGAUAUGUGUUGUGAGAUUCUGUCAUUUUAAAUUACAAAGUUUUUUCUGGGCUAAUCAUUGAACAUGUGGUAGAUACUGAAAAUAGAUUAUAAUGAUAAAGGCGAAACAUGUUUUCUUUAUAAUUAUUAUUUUGACAUACAGUAGUUUGACCAACUCAUUAAGACUGUAAAUUUCUACAUAAUCCAUGAAUAAUUCAUGUUUAUGGAAAUUAUAUACUGGAAUUCAUUUAAGGGCUUUUAUAAAAUUAUAAGCUUCACAUUUCUGCCUUUAAACCUUCCAAAAAUUGGCCCCAUUCACUUUCAUUGUCAGUGCCUCACUGUAACCUAAAUGUUUUUUCUUUCUUUUUAAGAGAAGAAGGGAUGAGUUUGGAUGAGUCAAAAUGAUGUUUGUGGUAAAUAACAUUGGUGAUAACAAAUGCUGAU